AUGCAGUUGGAGAAAAGAAAAGAGAAGACAGCUAAUGGUGGCGUAAUAUGUCCUUAUUCUGAGGGUCUUCCGCAUGUGGUUCCUGUUUGCGACGUGUUAUUACAUUUGGCCAAAUGUCGUCGUUUAUACUACAAACGAUAUGGUGUUAAGGCAGAACUAAAAAGAUGCAAAUAUAAUGGUUGCCAUUAUGUUCUUGCACCGGAAGUGAUGCUACACGAACUGACAUGCCAUAGCAGAGUACUAUAUCAGGAAUGCAGGCGGAAGAUGCGAUAUCCACCUGUGCCCCUUCAAACCGUCACUUCUUCCUCGAACUUGAACGAAGGAGUGAAUUCAGAUUCGGAUAGCCGUCUUAAUCUGAUGGUUUUUGAUUAA